AUGUCGUACUGCUGGGGAGCCGGCUCCUGGGGGCAGCUGGGGCUGGGCGAGGCGGCAGCCGCCGGGCCGGUGCGCUGCCGGCGGGGGCCCGAGCCCAGCGGGGGCUGGACGCUGCUGGAAGCGGCUUGCGGGGAGCACCACACGCUCCUGCUGCGCCCGGACGGCACCGUCUGCUCCUGCGGGGCCAACGCCCGCGGGCAGCUGGGCAGGAAGCUCCGCCCGGGGCAGCGGGGCAGCUACACGCCAGAACAAAUUCAAGCUUUAGAAGCACAGAUUAUUGUUCAUGUGAGCUGUGGAAAAGAACACUCUCUGGCUGUUUGCAACAGAGGAAAGGUCUUCUCCUGGGGAGCUGGGUCUGAAGGCCAGCUGGGCACAGGAGAAUUUAAGGAACAAAGUUUAAUUCCAAAGAAAAUAGAUGGUCUCUCUGCUCUCAGAAUAAUACAAGUCACCUGUGGACACUUCCACUCAGUUGCACUGGCACAAGAUGGCAGAGUCUUUUCAUGGGGACAGAACACCCAUGGCCAGCUGGGCCUGGGACAAGAAAUCCCCUCCCAGCAUAGCCCACAACAUGUCACAUCUCUCAGCGGGAUCCCCAUGGCUCAGGUUGCUGCCGGCGGGGGACACACCUUUGCCCUGUCUCUCUCGGGAGUUGUGUAUGGCUGGGGAAGGAACAACGCACGGCAGCUGGGAUUAAGCCACGCUAACACAAGAGAGCAAGUCUUCAAACCAUAUGCGGUAGCUGCUCUGACGACUAUUGGCGUGGUCUAUAUCAGCUGUGGAGAUGAGCACACUGCAGUGCUCACCCAGGAUGGCAGUGUGUUCACAUUUGGAGAUGACAGUGCUGGACAGCUGGGACAUCGCUCUUCAACCCAGAUGCCUGGUCCUCAAAAAGUCGAAUGGCUAGAUGGUCCAGUUUCCCAUUUGGCAUGUGGAAGCUAUCACACUCUGGUCUACAUGUCUGCUCAUGGGCAGGUUAUAUCUUUUGGACGUGGUCCCCAGAGACACACUGAAAAUGGAACAGGGGAGCAGGCACAGAACUUUGACAUCAGCAGCCUGGUUUCAGCUAACGAUCUGUCGGGCGUCCAAGUGAAAAUGGUUUUUGCUGGAACAUAUGUCAACUUCGUCAGUACUCUUCAGUCCCAGGAUCUUGAGCAUGCAGGUGGGAUCUCUCCCGCAGAUACCCUGCAGAAGAUUAGCAGGCUUGACAGGACGUUGAUAGAUAAAUGGAUGGCAGUGACAGUUGGCACUGAUGAAUUCCAGGAGGCUAAAAGGGAAAUAGCCGUGAUAUUUUCUUCUCCUGCUUGUUUAAGUGCAAGUUUUUUAAAACCCAGCUCUGCUUUGGAAGCAAAUUGUAUUGGUGUUGAUCUACAAAAGGCAAGGGACGUAUUUGAUGAGCUAACCAAAAAGGAGUGGAUUGUUAACCAGAUAAACUACAAUCUGUUGGCCAAUCUGAUUCCUGGUCUUCCACUGCGUUCUCCUCAUCGUGAAGCUUUGUCUAUUUUCCUACUCCUGCCAGAAUGCUCUGUGAUGUGCAAAGAACAGAACUUGGAGCCUUUUGUUAUGCGACUUGCACAGGCCAUUAAUAGCAUGAGUGACCGUUCCUCAGACAUCCUGGAAAAAUGCUGGAUGUCAUUGUCAGCAUCCUUUUUGGACGCUGUGGUACAGAUGUUUAAAAAGGUUGUAGUAUCUCAGCUGACAUUUUACGUCUCUUCCUAUUACCGGGGCACCAAACCUCUCCUAGAAGUGCUUGAAAAGCUGUACUGGGCAAACAGGAAGGCUAACUACACACUACAGUUAAGCAAUUUUUACAUAGAUGAAAUCUCCGGAACAUUUAUCCUUCCAACCGAUGUAGAGAGGUGGCGCUUAUGGCAAGCUGCAGCUAAUUCGUGUCAUGAAGACGAUGUUCCCGUCAUAUUCUGCCGUUUCCCUUUUGUCUUUAACUUGGUUUCCAAGACUCAAGUGUUCCACUUUGAUUCAAUUUUCAUGCAAGAGGGUGCAAAGGCAGCAGCCCAAUUCAUACUGAAGCAGAAUGAACUGCUGAGAACGAGUCAGCUUCCUGAGUUGCCUGUUUUUCCUCUGCAAGUUAAACGCAGCAACCUGGUUGAAGAUACUUUACGUAAACUAAGUCUGGUGGAGGACAGUGUCCUGAAAAAGCAGUUGUUGGUGCAGUUUGAAGGGGAGUUGAGAGGCCUGGAUGCAGGCGGAGUGACAUUAGAAUUCUUCCUGUACCUAUUUGAAGAGAUGGUGAAUCCGCAAUAUGGGAUGUUCGUGUAUUGUGACCCUGCGUCCCCAAUGUGGUUUCCUACCAGCGUAAGUCAGAAUCUGCUCAAGCCAUUCAGAGUUAAGAGACAAAGGAAGUAAUUUGCAUUUUGACUCCAAGCUUCCUUACCUUCUGCACAGUAGCUGGAGUCGGCAGGGGAGGGUCUUGGAAGGCUGUGGCAAUUUUCCAGAGGAGAGGGUCAGUGCCACCUGAGUGUUUUAUAUUGUGGCAUUGGAGAGGGUUCAGAGAAUGAUUGGGUGCAUCGGAAAACUUGUAUGCAGAGAGAUUGCAAAGACUGGGACUUAGUUGACCACAGAAAGGAGUUGAAUAGGAGAGGACAUGAUUAAAGCACAUAAAUCAGUGAAUGCUCUAUACAUGAUAAAUCAUGAGCUUUGUUGUCUUUGUCUCACAACACAAGAACAAGGAGACGUUCAACGAAACUGAAAAGUAUUGAAGGAAAUAAUUUUCCACUCAGUGGGUAAUUAGACUGUGGCGUUCUCUGUGCCCAAGAAUUUAAUGAGAUUCA